AUGUAUUUAUAUUUCUGGAUAACUACAACCACAUCAUCGUCCAACCGUCCGGAAAAAGGGAAGCGAAAGAAAACGAGGAAAGAAGAACCAGAAAAAAAAAAGGAACGAAGAAUGCUUAAAAAGUUCGUGAAAAUAACAAAUUAUCCUUACGAAAAGUCCUCCAUCAUUGAGAAAGAGUUGCCACUUGGACAUUUGGAAGAAUUUCGACCGAAAUUAGUCGAUCCAGAUAAAAGGCUACCUGUCUCUUUAGGAUGA